UCCACAACCAACGCUACGUGUCUUUGUUCAAGCUGCUCUAAAAAGCUCGCUCAAUUCUCUUUUUUCUCGCCUGUUUUCACUCGUAAUUUUCUGAGAAAAUCAGCUAGAAAAUUUUGCGCUCGGAACAGCGCAACGGAGAAAGUUCGAAUCUGUAAAAUAGUUUUUGUUGCGUUCGAUUUCAAAUUCCAAUAAAAGGAGGGAAAAUAGAAAUAAGAUGACAUAUAUUCAAGAUGCAUAAACUCUUCCAAAUAGCGGAGAUGACCCUCGCACCUUCAGUAUCCAUUCCCAGCGCUUCACCUCUCCCCACCACAGUCGCCAAGCUAAACGGUAAGUCUCAUCACCAGGUAUCGUUUCUCACUAAGUCGCUCGAUUUGUUUGAACACAAGAGAUUCUUUUCUGGUCAUCGGAGUUUUCUCUCUUCCGGUGACCGGAGGUUAUUUCCGGCAAGGGCGAAGCCGAAAGAAGUCGUUCUUGGCAACCCGACUGUGACGGUAGAGAAGGGAAAGUACAGCUAUGACGUCGAAACCCUAAUCAACAAGCUCAGUAGCCUUCCUCCUCGAGGUAGCAUAGCUAGGUGUCUUGACAUGUUCAAGAACAAGCUUUCGCUUAACGACUUUGCUUUGGUCUUCAAGGAGUUUGCAGCGCGCGGUGACUGGCAGAGAUCGCUUAGGCUCUUCAAGUAUAUGCAGCGACAGAUAUGGUGUAAGCCAAACGAGCAUAUAUACACCAUCAUGAUCAGUUUGCUAGGUCGAGAAGGUUUGCUGGAUAAGGCAACUGAGGUGUUCGACGAAAUGCCAGGCCAGGGCGUGGUUCGUAGCGUCUUCUCCUACACGGCUUUGAUCAAUGCCUAUGGCCGAAAUGGACAAUAUGAAACCUCGCUUCAGCUUCUUGAGAGAAUGAAAAACGAUAAGGUGUCGCCUAAUAUAUUGACUUAUAAUACUGUUAUUAAUGCUUGUGCUAGGGGAGGUUUGGAUUGGGAAGGAUUAUUAGGGCUAUUUGCAGAGAUGAGGCAUGAAGGAAUACAGCCUGACCUUGUUACUUAUAACACUUUACUUAAUGCCUGUGCUAGUAGAGGUUUAGGUGAUGAGGCUGAGAUGGUGUUUAGGACUAUGAAUGAGGGUGGAAUAGUUCCUGACAUAACCACAUAUACUUGUCUUGUUGAGACUUUUCGGAAUUUAAACAAGCUUGAGAAGGUUUCUGAGCUGCUCAAGGAGAUGGAGUCUGAAGGGAAUUUGCCAGAUAUAACCUCAUAUAAUGUGUUAUUACAGGCCUAUUCGCAAUCCGAUUCCAUAAAGGAGGCAGUGGGUGUUUUUAGACAGAUGCAAGUGGCAGGCUGUAUGCCGAAUGCUAACACUUAUAGUAUUUUGUUGAAUUUGUAUGGAAAGCAAGGGAGGUAUGAGGAUGUUCGGGAACUUUUUCUUGAAAUGAAAGUUAGCAAUACAGAGCCAGAUGCAGCUACUUAUAACAUUCUCAUUCAGGUGUUUGGUGAAGGUGGGUACCUUAAGGAGGUGGUGACUUUGUUUCAUGAUAUGGUGGAAGAGAAUGUCGAACCAAAUAUGGAGACGUAUGAGGGAUUAAUAACUGCUUGUGGAAAAGGGGGGCUUCAUGAGGACGCCAAAAUAAUUUUAAAUCACAUGAAUGAGAAAGGAAUAGUGCCUAGUACCAAAGCUUAUACAGGGAUCAUUGAAGCAUAUGGGCAAGCUGCAUUGUAUGAAGAAUCUAUUGUUGCAUUCAACACAAUGAAUGAAUUGGGAAGUAAGCCAUCAGUUGAAACUUACAACACACUAGUUCAUGCUUUUGCACGAGGCGGCCUGUACAAGGAGUCUGAAGCAAUUUUUAUGAGAAUGGGUGAAUCUGGAGUUGCAAGGAAUGUCGAUACAUUCAAUGGCCUUAUUGAAUCUUUUAGGCAAGGGGGUCAGUUUGAAGAAGCAGUAAAGGCAUAUGUUGAGAUGGGAAAGACAAGAUGCGAGCCUGAUGAACGGACUCUCGAGGCACUUUUAAGUGUUUACUGCUUUGCAGGUCUUGUUGAUGAGAGUGUGGAGCACUUUGAAGAGAUAAAAGCUUCAGGAAUAUUUCCCAGUGUCAUGUGCUAUUGCAUGAUGCUUGCUGUAUACGCGAAAUGUGACAGGUGGGAUGAUGCAUUUAAGUUACUGGAUGAGAUGCUCAAGAAUAGAGAAUCAAAUAUUCAUCAAGUGAUCGGACAAAUGAUUAAGGGAGAUUAUGAUGAUGGUUCUAACUGGCAGAUGGUAGAGUAUGUCUUUGACAAACUCAACUCAGAAGGAUGUGGGCUUGGAAUAAGGUUCUAUAAUACACUUCUAGAAGCUCUUUGGUGGAUGGGUCAGAAAGAACGAGCUGCACGAGUGCUCAAUGAAGCAACAAAAAGGGGACUGUUUCCUGAACUUUUCCGUAAAAACAAACUUGUAUGGUCUAUUGAUGUGCACAGGUUGUGGGAAGGCAGUGCCUGUGCAGCACUUUCAGUUUGGCUAAAUGAUAUUAAUGAAAUGUUCCUGAAUGGGAAGGAUCUUCCUCAUGUCGCAACUGUUGUUGUAGUACGGGGGAAGAUGGAGGAAAGCCCAAGUGCACAAGAAUCGCCGAUUGCAAAGGCUGCCUAUACCUUUUUGCAGGAAAAUAUGUUCUCGUCCUUCGGUUUUCCAGGAUGGAACAAGGGUAGAAUUGUCUGCCAGCGGCCUCAGCUUAAACAAACACUCUCAAGCAUAGAAUUAUCAUCAAACGGGUCCAAGAACCAUAAACUAAUCACUUUGAGUAAUGCUUUCCCUCUUCCUGGAACAAGAACAUCUACCAGAAGUAAUGUUAAGAGGCAUCAGCAUGAUAAUGCCAAUUCUGAUGCAGCAAUAGGUACAAGAGCAGAGCUUUUGACAAUCACAGUUUAACAAAAAAACAGUGGGGCUCGAAAUGCUCUGCCUCUUCCCAUUUUUGACCUCGACUGCAAUGCCUGAGGACCAUUUCAACAUUGUAUUUCCUGAAUUCUCCACUUGGUGGUGAUGGUGAAGAAUGAAACCAGGGUCAAAAUCAUUCGAACAGUGAGAUAUCGAGCUUCUAAUGAUGCCUGGAAAAAAAGUUCACUGGGCCUCAGACUAGCUAGCAAGCACAGAUCAACAACUAACCGUUCUGACCCCAGAACCCAGUUGGGAGUCCUUUGAUGAAACGGUUUGUAAUUUUGUAGCUUUCAAUCAUUCUUUUUUCACAUUGUAAAUGAUACUUCCGAACUUUUUCCUGUUGAUCUUUUUCUAGAAGCUAAUGUGGGUCAGUUUUUAAGCUA